AUGCCGGCACGACUCGCCUCGUGCGCCCUGCGCGCUCUAUGCCCUCCCCGGGCCGUCGUUCGCGCAUUCUCCUGCACACCCGCAGUCGCCUCUCCCCCCCGGGAGGCCCCCCAUCCUCCCUCCCAUCACCACAAAGCCCGGCCGCCAACGCCCUCGUCCAGCAGCAAUCUCCUCUCCAUGGGCGCCGACCGUCACAAGCGCAGCCCCCCUGUCCGCGCCAUGCGUCCCGGCGAAGCGGCUGCCAACAUGAUGAGCCGCUACACCGACAGUCAAAACAGGAGCAGGCUCGAGUCGAUCGAGGCGCUGAGGAAUUCCAAGAAUUCGGCAGACUACUUGAAGCAGAUGCCCAGGAGGUGGGAGGCUGGCGACGUGUAUUCGCCCCACGACUUGAGUCCCGUGGAAAUGCAGAAGUGGAGGAAGAGGUCGUUGAGGAGCAAUGACGUGGUGGACGCACUAGGCAUCAGGCCUUUGGACAUGUACAAGAACUUUUCUCUGGUGCAAGAGUUCACCACCUCGUCGGGUCAGAUUAUUCACUCGGCCGGCACGAGCUUGCGGCCCGUCAACCAGCGCAAGAUUGCAAAGAUGAUUCGUCGCGUUCAGGGGAUGGGCAUUUAUCCCACGAUUCACGAUCAUCCCGAAAUGAUUCGGGAUGACUUUUUCCCUGACAGGAGAUGA